AUGCAGAGAUCCCGCCUUGACUUGUACAUUACUGCUGGCCUACAUACACUUCCCUUCACCUCGAACCAUCUUUUCGUCCCGACUCUGGUAAAGAGACAAGCAGCGAUUGUGCCUUUGGCUCUCGUUGGUAGACACACGCCAAAAUUGUGGCCUCUCAGUGACAUAAAGCAUCAUAAAAAUGUGCUUUUCUGGAAUUCCACCGCCAUGAGCACCAGCAUGUUCUGCACUGAGGGACUUAAGGCAACAAUUAACUGA